AUGCGUCCGAGCAGCCCGCCGCCCGCCGGCUGGCUCUGUGUGCUGGCCAGCGCCCUCGCCUGCGCCCUCGGCCCCGCGGGUGGCCAGGCACCCAACCUGCAGUGGGAGGAGGAAUGUUACCAUCUGCGGAUGAUCGAGGCGCAGCACGAGAGGUGCCUGGAGGAAGCUCAGCUGGAGAAUGACACAGCAGGCUGCAGCAAGAUGUGGGACAACCUCACCUGCUGGCCAGCCACCCCUCCGGGCCAGGUGGUCGUCUUGGCCUGCCCCCUCAUCUUUAACUUAUUUUCCCCAGCUCAAGGCCGCAACGUGAGCCGUAGCUGCACCAACGAGGGCUGGAUGCACCUGGAGCCUGGCCCCUACCCCAUUGCCUGUGGCUGGGAUGACAAGGCAUCAGAUUUGGACCAGCAGCGGUCCAUGUUCUACAAUUUCGUGAAGACCAGCUACACCAUUGGCCACAGCCUGUCCCUCGCUGCCCUCCUCGUUGCCACGGCCAUCUUGAGCCUGUUCAGGAAGCUCCACUGCACGCGGAACUACAUCCACAUGCACCUCUUCAUGUCCUUCAUCCUGAGGGCCGCCUCUGUCUUCAUCAAAGACUUGACCCUCUUCGACAGCGAGGAGUUGAACCAUUGCACCAUGGGCUCGGUGGGCUGUAAGGCAGCCAUGGUCUUAUUCCAGUACUGUGUCAUGGCCAACUUCUUCUGGCUGCUGGUGGAGGGCCUCUACCUGCACACCCUGCUGGCCGUCUCCUUCUUCUCUGAGCGGAAGUACUUCUGGGGGUACAUACUCAUCGGCUGGGGGGUGCCCAGCACAUUCACCAUUGUGUGGACCAUCAUCAUGAUCCAUUUUGAAGAUUACGGAUGCUGGGACACCAUCAACUCCUCAUUGUGGUGGAUCAUACAGGCCCCCAUCCUCACCUCCAUCUUGGUGAACUUUAUCCUGUUUAUUCGCAUCAUCCGAAUCCUGGUUCAGAAACUUCGGUCCCCAGAUGUUGGGAAGAGUGACAGCAGCCCGUACUCGAGGCUGGCCAAGUCCACCCUUCUGCUGAUCCCCCUGUUUGGAGUGCACUACUUCAUGUUCGUCUUCUUUCCCCACAACUUCAAAGCUGAAGUGAAAAUGGUGUUUGAGCUCGUCGUGGGGUCUUUCCAGGGUUUUGUGGUGGCCAUCCUCUACUGCUUCCUCAAUGGCGAGGUACAGGCGGAGCUGCGGCGGAAGUGGCGGCGCUGGCACCUGAAGGGCAUCUUGGGCUGGAACCUCAAAUACCAGCACCCCUCGGGAGGCAGCAGCGGGGCCACGUGCAGCACGCAGGUGUCCAUGCUGACCCGCGUCAGCCCUGGCGCGCGCCGUUCCUCCAGUUUCCAGGCCGAAGUUUCCCUGGUCUGACCGCCGGACGCCCAGGGGCCCAGGGCGGCCCCUCCCGGCCGCACCACCCACCCCCGGGGCGGCACCGGGGACGGAGGCCUGCCCGGGCGAGGCCAGCCCCAGCCCUGGGGUCGGAGGCUGUUCCGACCCCCCACCCCCCACCCCAGGUCACGGUCCAGACGCCCCUAGAGAACUCGGCCCUGGCGUUUUCCUGAGGAGAGGAGGGCGCGCAGAGGCGGGGAGCCUUUUCUCUGCAGGCGGGUGCCCUGGGCGCUGGGCGCUCGGACCCCGGGCAGAUGUGGGGUGGAGCUCAGUGGUCAGACUCCUCCCCGCAGGCGCCCCCUCCGCCAAUCAAGGGCCAGAAGUGCGCACGCGCUCGCGGGCCUCGGCGCGCCGCGCCGUCUGGAGCCAACCCCGGAAGGCCGCCGCGCGUCCCCUCACGGUGUACGUGGGAACCGGGGGUGCGCCGAAAGGCCACCCGCCGCCGCCACCGCGACAGGGCCUGAAGUUCCGCCGCUGCCGUCAAGUUCCGUUGGGUUAAGCAUUGCCAUUCCGGCAUCUCUUGCAAGAUGCCGUGCCUUCCCCCAGCGCCGCCCUCCGAGCUGCCUGCUCCUCUCGGUGGAGGCGUUCUCUGCCUCACGCAGGUGCGGUCCCGUGCGUGGGGUGCACAGGCGUCCCCAUAGUCCCCGCUCAAGUGGCGUGGUCCCAGGAUGGCUGGAGCAGUCGGGACGGCCCUACGGGGCUGUGGAAGCUUCCCUUGGCUGGCCAGCUGUGUGGCGCCUGGGAGACGCGCGCUCCUGAGCCCCGUAAUCCUCGCGUACUCAGUGAGGUGGGGAGGCCGGUCCGUGCCUCACAGAUGAGGAAGCAGCCUUGCGGAGCGCGGUGCCUCGCCUGCCACACAGCUGGCGUUUGAUCUGGGAUCUGACUGACCGGAAGGUGAAAGCACAGGCUCUUAACUGCUGCAUUUUAUAUACUGUAACGAGCUGAAUCCUCACUAAUACUACGACCGCCGUCCCGGCAACCCCGUUCCCACGCGAGCGACCUGGAGUGUGGCUGAGGACGCCUCCGGCCCGUGCGGCAUCCGGACCUGAGCCUCUGGUGGUCGCAUCCUGUGUGGGCCCCGCACCCUGUGGCCACGUGGCUUCCUGCCCACGCCCCGGCUAGAAGACCCCCUCAGUUCUGCAAACAGGCUUGCACAACAAUA